UGGGCGGUCGUGUUCCGCGUCACGCCCGAUAUCGCUCUUAACUUCGAAAUUGUUUUACGAAAAUAUGUAAAGUUUCCAAACAUAAAAUUGUGCAGAACUGCCGCGUCUAACUCAACGUGUAGUGUUUAAUUGACUAGGACUUAACUUAAUAAGUAGUUUUAAGUUAUUGUAACUUAAUAGGCUUACUCGUUACUCGUUUUACCUGCAUGCUUCGUCCCACGAGUCGUGCGAAGCGGUUACCUUUAUUGGAUAAAACGAACAUUUUUCAAAUGGAUGUGCGUUCUUAUUAUGUGAUAGUGUGCGUGUUUAGUGUGAAUACAAGACUCCGUGUGUGCCCGUCAGCUUCUUGUGACAAGUUUUUACUGUAGUGACGUGCUUUAAAUCGUAAUUUCUUCAAGUUGAAUUGAGAAAAUGUUCCGAGGGGGAGAGAGGGGCCUGUUCGCCGCGCUCUUGGUUGCCGUGGCGUCGGCGCAGUAUACGAAAGUUCGGGAUCACACAUCACAUCACGUUACGAGGUUAAGGCAUUCGAGGCAUCUUGAUGGGUACCUGCCAUUACAUUCAUCCUUCACGCCGGCGACGUCACCGAAGCUUGCUGUGAAGGAUAACCACAAGCCACUGUUCACCGAAUGCCUGAAUUACAGGCCGACAUUGAAAGAAGAACAGCCCAUCGGAACUUAUGUGUUUACUGUUCAUGCAGAAGAUCGAGAUCCACCGGAAAUGGGUGGUACAGUUACGUACAAAUUUGUCUCAACUCCUGGUGAGAAAGAGCGGUUUCACGUAGAUCCUGAAACGGGAAGAAUUACUACAGCUGAUAUUUUUGACCAUGAUGAGCCAUCUCGUGAAAAGGAAGCUUAUAUAACAGUUCGAGCGAGUGACAACGGCCAACCACAAUUGGACGACGCGUGCACUAUCAAAAUUCUAAUAGAAGACAUCAAUGACAAUCAGCCAGUCUUCGAUAAAGUUUCAUAUUCAGAGUCAGUCCCACAAGAUUUGCCGAGUGGCCGCGAGGUGAUGAGGAUAUCUGCAACAGACAUAGACGAUGGGAACAACUCCAUCGUGCACUACAGCCUUGAUUCCAACUCUCCUGAUCAGGCAUACUUUUAUAUCGAUCCAGACAACGGAGUCAUAUUUCUGAACAAAACUAUUGACAAAGUCCCAGGCUACAAAUUCAAGUUGAGCGCGAUAGUAAAAGACAUGGGUGAUCCGCCGCAACAAAGUUCGAUUACUUUAGACAUCCAAGUCGUCGAGUCUAACAAGAAAAGCCCGUCUUUUAUAGAAGUGCCCGAUCAACCGAUAAGAUUAAAAGAAAAUUAUGCAGACUUCACCACACCUAUAGCUACCGUGAGGGCAAUAUCGAAUAUUCCUGAAGAAAGUAAAUUACAGUUUGAACUGGUGAUGGGCCAGACUGAACAAACAAAUAAAUGGCACACGUUCGUUUUAGAACCUGAGGCCAAUUCAGCUUAUAUCAAACUAGGAAACCAUUUGGACUAUGAAAAAAUCACUGACUAUACAUUAACUGUUAGAAUACAGAACAACUACAAAUUAGCAGCUGAAACCAUAAUCCAAAUAGAAGUUGAAGAUGUCAAUGACAACAUUCCGAUCUUUAGUGAAAUAAGAUCCGGUAGUGUUCUAGAAAAUGAACCGGCGGGAACACCUGUCAUGCAGGUUAGAGCAUUCGAUGCUGAUGGGACAUCAGCAAACAAUCAAAUUACAUAUGAACUAGGAGACGCUUCUGAUCCUUUCGCUAUUGAUAGCAUAACAGGGAAUAUAACAACACUUAAAAUGUUUGAUAGAGAAGAGAGAAGCUUUUAUAACAUAAAGAUUAUUGCAACGGACAAUUCAGAAUCGGCUCUAAUUCCUGGAAAACAUAACGCAGGCCAGCAAGUGUUUCUUAUAGAAAUCGCGGAUAAAAAUGAUAAUCCACCUCAUUUCACACAAGAUACAUACGUCGCUGAGUCGAUAGCUGAGAAUGCAAACAUUAACGAGCUCGUCACACAAGUUACUGCUUUAGAUAUUGAUACAGCAUCCGUGGUUACAUACAGCAUCGUAGCCGGCAAUACCUACGACGCGUUCGUUAUCAGAAACUUCACGGGUGAAAUCCGAGUCAACAACGAGCUUGACUACGAGAACAUAACAAGCUACAGCUUGGAUGUCAGAGCAUUCGAUGGGCUUUAUGAAGACUAUGCAAAAGUUCUCAUCAAGAUUGAAAACUUAAAUGACAACCCGCCCGUCUUUUUGGCUAACUAUACUAAGACGAUUGAGGAGGAGAAAUUGUAUGAAGGUUGCAUUGUUAAGGUUGAAGCCUACGAUCCAGAUCUUGACAGAAAUGAACCUCAGAACAUAGUUUACUCAUUAGUCAAGCACGAACAGAAGGAGUUCCUACAGAUUGACAACGACGGUUGCCUCCGACUCACUAAGCCUUUAGACCGAGAUCAACCAAGCGGUUUUGCGAGAUGGCAAAUCCUGAUAAUGGCUGCUGACCAUGGGGGCAGGCUGGGAUCGGAUAGCUUGAGGUCAACCACUGAGGUCAUAUUGGAGCUGACGGAUAUCAAUGAUAACGCCCCGUUUUUGACUAAUACCCAGCCGGUAAUAUGGUAUGAGAAUGAACCACCCGGACAGGUUGUUAUUCUCACGGCUAAGGACUACGACUCCGACGAAAAUGGACCGCCUUUUACCUUCGCACUCAACGAGUCCGUGAGCUUCGAUAUCCGAUCUAAGUUCCAUAUACAAGGAAACAUUUUAUCCACCCUUGUGUCAUUCGAUCGCGAGCAACGCAAAGAAUAUAAGAUACCUGUAGCCAUCACCGAUUCAGGAACUCCAAGAUUGACCGGCGUCUCUAUUCUUCAUGUCGUCAUUGGUGACAGGAACGACAAUCCCAUGGGUCCUGGUCACAGUGACAUAUAUGUCUACAAUUACAAGGGUGAAGCUCCAGAUACGGAAAUUGGACGUGUAUUUGUCAACGACCCGGAUGAUUGGGAUCUUCCAGACAAACGGUUCAUGUGGCUGCCAUCUUACGAACAGAGAAGUCCGUAUUUCGACGUGCAUAGCAACACUGGGAUGAUCACUAUGAAAGAAGGCACGCCAAAUGGAACCUACAUACUUAGGUUUAACGUGACGGAGCAAAACGAGCCACUCGUACCAUUCCACUGGGUCGAGGCGACUGUGAACGUGACGAUAAAGGAGAUUCCCGAGGAGGCAGUCGACAAAUCCGGGUCGAUCCGCUUCGUGAACGUCACCGCUGAAGACUUUAUUAUCCCCGAAGCUGAUGGUACGAGUAAAAAGGACAAACUACACCGCCUUCUGUCACAGCUGUAUAACAAGUCUAUGGACAACGUAGAUGUUUUUACGGUAUUCAGCAAGUUGACCGUCAAAGACGCCUUCUUGGACGUUCGGUUCUCCGCCCACGGGUCGCCUUACUUCGAAGCUGAGAAAUUGGAUAGCAUGGUCAUUGGGAUACAGGAAAAGUUGGAAGAAGAACUCCAAGCCAAGAUAUACAUGGUCAAGAUUGACGAGUGUCUUAUAGAGAAGGAGCAAUGCGAAGACUCCUGCCGCAAUGUCCUGAUGAAGAACAACGUGCCUCUAUCCGUUUAUACGAAUACCACCAGCUUUGUGGGUGUUUCUGCCAGAGUGGAGUCGGAGUGUACUUGUGAUGUGGAAGAGCCACUGAUUUGUUUGAAUGGAGGCACACCAUUCGCGGAUAAAUGCGAAUGCCCAGAAGGCUGGAACGGACCACAUUGUGAACAAACAAGUAUCGGUUUCCACGGCGAUGGGUGGGCUAUGUAUCCGUCCCCUCCAGCGUGCCACGAAGGUCAUAUCACUUUGACUGUGACGUCACACACCAGCAACAGCCUCAUCUUCUACCUUGGACCGCUGAGGUUCAACCCGCUAUUGGAUGUUCAAGACUUCAUGUCACUGGAGUUAGUCGACGGUUAUCCAAAUCUGCUGGUGAACUACGGAUCCGGCACAACACGCCUUAAUAACAGUGUCAUAGAGGUGGCUGAUGGAAAACCGCAUCUUAUAGAAAUCGUUCUAAUGAGAAGCUCCAUAGAGAUGUUUGUGGACAGAUGCAAGCUGUCGACAUGCAUGAGUCUCGCUGCACCGACUGGGCCCAGAGAAAUACUUAACGUGAACGGUCCACUACAACUCGGAGGUGCAAGCAUUGAUCUUCAAAACCUGGCGCGGUCGUUCGGAUGGAAACACGUGCCCACGAAUACAAACUUUAUGGGCUGCAUCAGCAAUUUCACGUACAACGACUUUAUGUACAAUUUAGGCAGGCCGUCCGUAGAUCACAAUGCCGAUCCCGGCUGUCAGAAGAGCGUGUUCACAGCCGUCACAUUUGGCAUCGAUACAAAUUUCUUAGUUGCCAUACUCGUCUGCAUCGCCAUUUUGAUCAUCCUUCUGCUAGCAGUCGUGGUCCAUCGGAAAAGAGCGGAUGCGUGGGCAGAGAAAGAACUAGACGAUAUCAGGGAGAAUAUCAUAGCUUACGAAGACGAGGGGGGCGGCGAGGGGGACGCGGGCUAUGAUUUGCAUGUCCUAAGGCAAAUGUACGACGGACCCCCACCAGACACGGAUCCAUCGUUUAUGCAUGCACCAGGUAUAGUAGGAGCAGCACCGGACAUUUCCGGCUUUUUGGAUGACAAAAAGUCCGUCCUGGACCGAGACCCGGACAUUAAUCCGUACGACGACGUGCGACACUACGCGUAUGAAGGCGACGGAAAUACUAGCGGCUCAUUAUCGUCGCUAGCUAGUUGUACCGACGACGAAGAUCUCAAAUUCAACUACCUGUCCACGUUCGGCCCUCGCUUCCGGAAACUUGCCGAUAUGUACGGCGAUUCCGAUGAGGAUAGACCGCCACACGAAGAAUCCUGGUGCUAGCGCCACGCCUGGCUCGUGUAGCCACCUAACCCUCAACCCUACGCCCCCGCGAUAAGGGCGAGUAUGUCCUGACAGCUUGGAGUACCCAAGUAAGACCAAGCUUCGAGAUGCCUUAUUAAAACAGCGUGUUUUAUUUUGUGAAUGCUGGUAAAUAAUUUAAGUGUUGUGACAUCGCGAACCCACCGGACUUAGGAACUGAAGCCUGUGAUAUUCGCGCGGUGAUUUUAAUUUUUAUAUCUUUUGACGUUCGCGCUUUUUAUGAUAUUCCCGCGGAGCGAUUACGGUUGAUGUUGCUAAAUCGGGAGAUACUUACGAGCUCAUCUCGUAAAUACCGUAAGAAUCAAACUUAUUUGUACUUAAAAUGCCUGCUAGUGACGUUGUUCUUUACCUAAUAUUAAAAAAGUAGACACGUGUCAAUUUAACUCGGGAAUUUAAUUUCGCGCUCGUUAUUAGCUAUCUCAUUCAAAUUGAAACACAAUUUCUGCCAUCAAAGUUUACAUCUUUUGUGUCAACCAUCAAAAAUCAAAUAUACUUAAGUUACUAUAUUUAAGUUUGACAUUGGUGUCACUACUGACAUUAGUGCCAUACAACAACUGGCCCCAGCUUUUAUAUCAUGUUAUUUAUUUGUGUAUCUACGCGUAUCUGAUAACACUGGUAGUGAUCUCGCAGUGUUUUAUACUAAAAUAUUAUAAAAUUAUAAUUAUUAUAUGGAACGUGUCACACGUCACGGCGUAUAGUGACAUGCUGCGUCAUCUUUCGUGACUGUUACAGCCCCUCUGUAAUAUAUGAAGGAGAGUUGACGCUGCUUUCACAUGUUUAUUGUGACGUUCAGUGCACUUGUUAAUUUACAAAUAAGGAAACGUCACACCGGCUUAGUGUGUCAUUUUAUACAGUACGAUCUCUGCUGUACUCGCUUUCUUUUUUUAGUCAAAUCUUAAAUAUAUAAUGUAUUUGUUGAAUACAUAAUAUACAUGGAUCAUUUUUAUUUAGCAACUCAACCUUCGGUCACUCCUAUUAUUUUGUUCCCCAAAACUAAGCGUUUGUGAAUUGAUGACAGUUGUUUUAGGUAUUACGAAAAUAAAUGUCCUUAAAUAAUGUGUGUUAAUCAGAAAGUGUAUCUUGUAAAAAAUCGUAUGUAAAUUACAUAUUGGAAAAAAAUUCAAACAUUAAUGUUUUAAGAAAUGACUGAUUUGUAACAUUGUUUAGGCAUCGUUGUAGAUACGCCUAAAUUAUUUCUUGUAUGUAAUUUUUAUAUAUAAUAAACUAAGGAGCGAACUUCAUAUGACUCGUGUAACCUUAAGCUUAGGGCAUACUGUAUGUACCUACUAUUAACUUUGGAUUAUUAUUAUUUUUGUAUGAUUGUAAAUUAUUGCGGCAAAAUGCAGGGUUGCCCUCCCACUCGUUAUAGUAUUAUGAUUGGCAGCAUUUAUGACAGUUGUAAUUAAAGUUUUUUUUUUUGUAGUAGAUUAUAUUCUAAAAGUUAAGUGCCAUUAUGUUCAGUUUGUAAUUUUAAGUUUGCGUAAAACCUACCAUGUGUACUCACAUGCUAGUCACUUUGGCUUCUCUUUAAAAACUUUCGUAGCAGUUAUUAGGAGAAUCACAUUUUUAAUGUUGUAGCUGAAGUGAAGGUAUCGUGGUAGAGGUCGAUUCCCGCCCAUUUUGUAAUUUCUAUUUGUGUUAUCUUUUUUACAUUGUUAGCCUUAAGUUCUUUUUUACAAUUUAUUUUUAUGUUAAUGACGUACUGUAAUUUUUUAUCUGUGCAAACUAAUGUUUGUUUAUUUAUACAAGUGAUUUUGUAAAGCGUCCAGUUCUAAAAAUGUAGUUCGUUUAAAUAAAAGAAUGAGAUAAAUA